CAUUGUUAGUUGUUGGAUCUAUGUGUCUCCCAAUGUCUCCCAGUGUCUACUUCCUGUGCUUACCAGUUUUUUCCUUGUGGCUCCCUUGGUUAAAAAGACCGUCGUCCAUGAUGGCCUUCAUCAAAGCAGAAACAGGAAGUCUGAUUACGCUGCACUUCCUGCUGGGUGUGUUCCUGGUUCUUCCUGAAGGGGGCGUCAGUUUGGAGCUCCAGCCGUCCUCCUCUGAAGUUCUGCUCGACACAAAUUCCAACUUUACUGUGGUGUGUUCGGGCUGGAGUCAGGUGACCUGGCGGCUCCCUCUGAGAGACUUUCAGGAGGUCGGGGUGGAUGUGGACAAUCAGGGCUCCAGCAGUAUUCUGCGGCUCUUAAACGCCACCUGGAGGAAUUCUGGGAGGUACACCUGUGAGGAGGAGUUGUCCGCCCAGAGUAGAGAGAUUGACAUCUUCAUACCUGGAAAAGGUGCAGAGGAAUGGUUUGUCCCGCUCGGUCCAGGUGUGGUCAUGAAGGAGGCGGAGGAAGACACCAUCCCAUGCGUGGUGUCCGAUCCACGGCUCAACGUCUCACUGUUCCAACGCCCUGGUAGGACACCUGUUUCCGGGACGAUCUACGAGCCGGGCUUCGGCUUCACGGGUCGUCUGAACGACACGUCGUACGUGUGCUUGGCCGUCCAUGGAGACGAGGAGAAGGAGUCUCAGGUGUACCAUGUGUUCAGCAUCAUAGUGCCUCAGCAGAUGGAGGUGGAGCUGACGGUGUCCAGCGUGGUUUUGAAGCAGGGGGAGGAUCUUACAGUGAACUGCACCGUCAGAGACACUGAGCUGGUCUUCUUCACCUGGGACUUCCCCCGUAGAGAGGAAAUUGAGCCUCUGACAGAGUUUCUGCAGAAUCGGAUCCGCUCCGUCGUAAACAUCUCCACUGCAACAGUUGAGGAUUCUGGUGUGUACGUGUGUGCUGUUCAGGAGACAACGCAGGGGGAAACCGUAAUGAAAAAUGUGACAGUUACAGUACUGGAGCGGGGUUAUGUCUACCUGUGGGGCCCAGGUGAGACCAACCUGUCAUCCCUCCGUCAUCACUUGGUGGAAUUCAGUGUGGAGGUCGACGCCUACCCUGUCCCAACAGUCCUCUGGACCAAUGACAAUAAGACCAUUGCCACGGAAACCACUUCUAUCACCACCAGACACCUAAAAGGGAGCAGGUAUGUUAGCACGCUGACGCUGGAUCGAGUGCAGAUGGAUCAGACAGGAAGUUACAAAGUGACUGUAUCCAAUGACGACGACAUCCAGGAGAUUGUCUUCAACUUGGAGGUUAAAGCGCCCCCUAGGAUAAUAACGCUGUCAGAGUUGGGCAGUAAAGCCGUGCUGUGUGUCAGCGAGAGCUCCGCCCCAUCUGUCACCUGGUACACCUGUCACUUGCACAGGUGCAGUAAUUCAACAGGUGGCUGGAGGAGCGUAACAGCAUCACCAGAGAGCGAAGCUCUGCAGGAGAACUCCACACAGGUGGAGGGGAGAGGUGUCUUCCAGGUACGCAGUGUGCUGACUCUGCAGAGUGUAACCUCUCUGUCAGCUGUUCGCUGUGAAGCUAAAAACUCAGCAGGACGACGAGCACGAGACCUGAGGAUCGUGACUACCUCUCUCCUUUCUCAGGUUGCCGUGUUGGCAGCAGUUCUGGUUCUGGUCAUCAUCGCGAUCAUCUUCCUCGUCAUCCUCAUCAUCGUCUGGAGAAAAAAACCUCAUUAUGAAGUCCGUUGGAAGGUGAUCGAGUCAGUGAGUCCUGACGCACAGCAGUACACCUACCUGGACCCCGCCCACCUGCCCUACAGCUCCACCUGGGAAGUACCACGAGAGCACGUAGUUCUGGGUCACGUGUUGGGUUCAGGGGCGUUCGGUCGUGUUGUCGAGGCGACAGUCUCUGGUCUAAUUAACUCUCAUUCUACGACAAAAGCAGCUGUGAAGAUGGUGAAACCCAACAGUGGUUCGGUUCAGGCUCUGAUGUCAGAGUUGAAGGUUUUGGUACAUCUCGGCCCUCAUCUGAACAUUGUCAACCUGCUAGGAGCCUGCACCCAAGGAGGUCCUGUCUAUCUGAUCACUGAGUUUUGUCGUCAUGGAGACCUGGUGAACUACCUGCAGAGGAACAAACACACCUUUCUACAGAGUGACACAACGACCAAGAGUGACAAUGAUGGAGGUUAUAUGGACAUGAACAAAGAGGAGAAUGCGCAGUAUGUCGCCAUGAAGGAGCUCAGCUACGCCGACAUCGAACCUGCAGUGUACGAGACGCCGUACCCACCGCCAGACCAAAAGGAGGCGCCGCUCGUCCUCUUUGAUUCUCCUCACCUCAGCCUCAAUGACCUCCUCAGCUUCUCCUACCAGACCUCUCAGGCCAUGGACUUCCUGUCCUCCAGAAACUGUGUACACAGGGACCUGGCAGCGAGGAACGUGUUGGUCUAUGAGGGGAAGCUGCUGAAGGUUUGUGACUUUGGUUUGGCUCGAGAUCUGAAGAAGGAGCAGGACUACAUCGCACGAGGAAACAGCUUCCUGCCCAUGAAGUGGAUGUCACCUGAAAGCAUCUUCCAGAACAUCUACAGCUCUCAGAGUGACGUAUGGUCCUAUGGAGUCCUCCUGUGGGAGAUCUUCUCUCUGGGUGUUAGUCCGUACCCUGACCUUCCGAUGACUCACAAGUUUUUUUCUGCUCUGAAGAAAGGAUACAGGAUGAGUCAACCUGACCACGCCCCUCAGGACAUAUUUGAUCUGAUGAAACUUUGUUGGGAGGAGAAACCUGAAGGCAGACCUGCUUUCUCCUCAUUGGCUGUUUCCGUGGGCAACAUGUUGACUGACGACUACAAAAAGCGGUACCUCCAGCUGACUGAAAGCUUCCUGAACAGCGACAGUCCGGCAGUUGUUCGAUCCAGAUUUGCUCCAACACACACACACGGAAGCCCCGUUCCUGAGGUAAAUGUGCACCUGUUAGAGUCGGAGCCAGAGGAGGCAGGUCCCUCCCAUGGUACUUACGUCAUUCCCACCACUGACAUCACCAUAGAAACCAUUGGGGGUGCUGCGCUGGACGCAGACAGCCCUCAGAUGUCAGAGUCUCAGGACCCACCAGAAGCACAGGAAGGGACAUCAUCAGAGGACAGACAGGAAGCUGAAGAGCCUUCCUCUUCCUCCCCCAGGCGUGAUGAAGAGGAGGAGAGCUGCCUUUGAGCUGUUGAAUUAACCAACAGUAUUCCUGGCAAGCAGAGCCGAGGGUUAAAGUAAAUGACAGUCUUCCUGGCAGGCAGAAAGGAGGGUUAAAAUAACCAACUGUCUUCCUGUCAGGCAGAGCCGAGGGUUAAAAAUAACUAACUAUCUCCCUGGCAGGCAGAGCCGAGGGUUAAAAAUGUAACUUAGUGUGUCCCUGGCAGGCAGAGCCAAGGGUUAAAUUAACCAUCAGUCUUCCUGGCAGGCAGAGCAGAGGGUUAAAUUAACCAAUUGUCUCCCUGGCAGACAGAGCUAAGGGUCAAGGAGGGUUUAAAGUGACCCAAGAAGCAGCUGGUUCAAUCUUAAAAGCAUCAUAUGACAUCAGGUGUUUUUUACCCACAGCUCUGACUGUCAGGCUGCUUCCUGUUUACAGUGCAGCAGGUACUGAUGGUUCAUCAUAUUCAGUGUCAUUCUUUGUGUAUCUUUGAAGUCUUUGUGUAUAUCAGUGAUUAUAAAUGUUUCUAUCUGCUCUGUGUUUAUUCAAACUGCUUCAGACAAACAUAAAUAAAAGCUAGAUAUCUGAGUAUAACCCAACACUCAGUCAGUC